UAUGGUCAUAGCCGCAUCUAAUUACCCCUCGAAAAGGAUACUAAUAAACACCCUCUCCUUAUUAUAUAUCCCUUUACCGUCGACUGAUUGCUUUGUCAAGCCUGUCAAGGUUAUUAACUGCGUCGAACUCGUGUUGCCGUCGCAGGCGCAGUCGCAGCCGUCACUUUUCCAUUCUUCGUAUUUCAACUCCCCCGCCCGCCUGCUGCCGAUCACCGUUGCGAAAAACAUCCCCUCCCCUCCAUCUCUUUACGAUUCGCUAUCCAAAGUCGGGACGUGCUUUGUCAUAGUUAUUUCGCCAAAAAUCGUCAUACAUUCUAAUCUGCGUCGCGGGGGCAUUCAAAAGGGGGACAGGAAAAGAAAAAGAAGCAAGGGUCAAGAAGGAAGAAAGGGGGACAAAAAAAAAGAAAAGAAAAAAAAAAGGGAUUAAUUCUCCGGCAUUGCUGCUCUGCUAGCUAGCUGCUCAUCAUGGCCGCGCCGGAUAUCACAAACGGAGCCAAGAGCGACCACCCCGUCAACGGCUCCGCGAAGCCCUCCAAGGCCAACAUCGGCGUCUUCACUAACCCCAAGCAUGACCUGUGGAUCAACGAGGCCGAGCCUACCUUGGAGCAGGUGCAGUCUGGCGAGUCGCUCAAGGAGGGCGAGGUGGCUGUAGCUGUCCGAAGCACCGGUAUCUGCGGCUCCGACAUCCACUUCUGGAGCCAUGGCUGCAUCGGCCCCAUGGUCGUCGACGGCGACCACAUCCUCGGCCACGAGUCGGCCGGCGAGGUCAUUGCCGUGCACCCGAGCGUCGACCACCUCAAAGUCGGCGACCGCGUGGCCAUCGAGCCCAACGUCAUCUGCAACGCCUGCGAACCCUGCCUGACCGGCCGCUACAACGGCUGCGAGCGCGUCCAGUUCCUCUCCACCCCGCCCGUCCCGGGCCUCCUGCGCCGCUACGUCAACCACCCGGCCGUGUGGUGCCACAAGAUCGGGUCCAUGUCCUACGAGGACGGCGCCCUGCUCGAGCCCCUGAGCGUGGCCCUCGCCGGCAUGCAGCGCGCCGACGUGCGCCUCGGCGACCCGGUCCUGAUCUGCGGCGCCGGGCCCAUCGGCCUCAUCACCCUGCUCUGCUGCCGCGCCGCCGGCGCCUGCCCGCUCGUCAUCACCGACAUCGACGACGGCCGCCUCGCCUUCGCCAAGGAGCUCUGCCCCUCCGUCGUCACCCACAAGGUCGAGCGCCGGUCCGCCGAGGACGAGGCCGCCGCCAUCGUGAGGGACGCCUUCGGCGGCGUCGAGCCCGCCGUCGCCCUCGAGUGCACCGGCGUCGAGAGCAGCAUCGCCGCCGCCAUCUGGGCCGCCAAGUUCGGCGGUAAAGUCUUCAUCAUCGGCGUCGGCCGGAACGAGAUCAACAUCCCCUUCAUGCGCGCCAGCGUCCGCGAGGUCGAUAUCCAGCUGCAGUACCGGUACUGCAACACCUGGCCCCGCGCCAUCCGUCUGGUCGAGAGCGGCGUCGUCGAUCUCAGCAAGCUCGUCACCCACCGCUUCAAGCUCGAAGACGCCCUGAAGGCCUUUGAAACCGCCAAGGACCCCAAGACUGGUGCCAUCAAGGUUCAGAUUCAAAGUUUGGAUUGAGGAGGAUCGGAGGCGAGAGGAUGCGGAUAAGGGGACAGGGCAUUUCUCCUCUUAUUUCUUCUUUUUUUUUCUUUUCUUUUCUUUCUUGCCAUGUUAUUACGUCUUGUAGAGCCUAACUUUUACCAAUGGCUCGUCAUGAUUUAACGGCUUUCUGGAUAUAAAUACAUACCUCCAUGCGUAUAGCGGCGUGUGACUGUUGUACUAUACAAUGAUGCAUCUGUAUUCUGUAGCUCCACUGGGAUCUUGAAGGCGUC